CUUGUGUUGUAAAAAGCUUUAUUUAAAAUACAUUUGGUUCACGCGAUUUCUCCCUGAUUUCCGUCACGCGUCUCCUUCCUUCCUCUCUCCCUCACCGAAUCACUCCAUCGCAGGUUGUAUGAACCGUUUGCACCUGCUGCUGCCGUCACUCUCAUCGGUUUCUAAUUCCAUCCCCCGGUUUAGCCGCCAUCAUACAGAUUUUUGUGGCGUCGGUAAUCAACAGGAGGCAUUGAUGAAGACCCAUGACAGAAAUUAGUCACAAGUGAUAGUUUCAUACUGCGUUGAGUUUAUUGAUGAGAAAGAACACACAGAUUCAUCAAAACUGAUUGAAUUAAUCACAGGGGCAUACAUUACAAUUACAGAUACAGCAGCAAUGGUAUAACUGAGAAGGCGGUAAAAUAAGAUGAUGAUAAAGUAACGGAGGCGUAAAAGGCCGUAGAAGACCAGGAUUCGUGGAAAACGAUUGGAUUUGGCAACCGUUCACGACGCCACAUCGCGCUCACGCAUUGAGCCAUCGACAGCGAGUCUCACAGUCUUUCAUAAUCUCAAUCUACAUAUUCUUCUACCAGUUCACCAUGGACAUUGAUUUUGAUGAUUUGACUUCAACCGAUGCUGCAAACAAUGUAAAUGCAAGUACAAAGCUUAAACCCAAACCCAAACCCAAACCCAAACCCAAACCUAAAACCCAACCCGAACCAAAAUCCACCCCUACCCCUCCAACACAGCCUGUUGAGGCUGCUGCUACUGCAGAUAAUGAGAUUAUAGCAAGAACUGAAGAAGAACAACAACCUUUUGAUGUCAACCAAGUUUCUGGAAAUAUCAAUGAUAAUUGGCAAUCCUCAUUUGAAAAACCACAUGAAGAGAAUGCUGAACCAUUUCCAACAUUGGAAUCACUGAAUGACUUACUUCCUCAAUCUACAACAGUAACAGUGAAUUCGCCACCUGUCUCAGAGACACCAACAGCCAUUCAUGUUUCCAUGGAUGAGAACAUAGAGAAGGGGCCCAUUGAAGGCUUGAGCAAUACUGUUGAUGCUUGCACAAAUUUAGAAAGUCUUGCACAGAUAGAUCCUUUAACAGGGGAGGAAGCUUCUAUUUUUAACGACAAUGAAGAUUUUCAGAUAGAAAGUUUAUCAUCUGUAUCAAAGGGUGCCGAAAAUGCCCUUUUCUGGGAACCUCUUGACAUAUUGUCUGAGUCAAGAAUUUGUGCAGGACCAAAAGUUUGCAAAUUCAAGCCAAAACCUAAUGCACAAACUCGGAAAGUGGAAAGUAUUCAUUCCGUUUCUUCUCAAAUCGAUUACAUGGACAACGCCCCUGUUCCGACAUUUACACCAGAAGAACUUUUUGGCUCACCGUCAAUCGGAAUCACUGAUUCCAUUCCGCCGGAGUCAUUAUCCGAUUUCCAUUUAAAUGAAGAACAAGAACCAACAACUUUCACGGAAAUGUCUCAAAUGGAUUCCGUGGUUCCAUCAGAGCAUCCGGAUGCCAUUCCGGAGGCUUUGAACAAGGGAAAAGGACAAUCUCUUGAAAAUGAAGCUUCUAGAUCUUCAGAGAGGUUAAGAAAGCAGUCAAAGAAAACACUUGCACUUGUAGAUGAGUUUGAGGAUGAGGGAGUUGCUGAUGAUGUCAUACAUGGGAAUGAAGAUGACAACAAUAUUGAUGAUUACAGACCAGAAGAAAGUGAAUCUGUAAGUGAAAGAAAGGGAAAAAAGUCAAAGAAAGCGGUCAAAGAGAAGGAAAAACCUGUUAGAAAACGUAAAAAGGCCAACAGUGAAGCACCUGCUGAGUCAACUAAAGUCAAAAAGAAAUUCCCUCACAGCACACGAAGAAGAAAUAAAAGACAAGUGGACCCACAAUUGCUUAUAAUUCCUGAAGAAGACCUUAAUAAGAAUGAAAUCCCCAUGAAAGAAUUAAUCAGGCUUGCAGAACAUAGGGAGCGAAUAGCUAAAAAGGAAGCAGCAUCUACAUCAGGAACAGGAACACCUGCCUUGAACCAAAGUGGUGGGAGUUUCUCCAACAAUUUUGAUUAUGAAGAUGAGGGUUUUGGGGAAGGGAGAGAUGAUGAUUAUUUAAUGGAAGCAGAAAAUGCUACUUAUUAUAAUUAUCGGACUCACAUGAAAAUAACACCAAGAAUGAAAUGGUCAAAACAAGAUACUGAGCUCUUCUACGAGGCUGUUCAACAAUUUGGGACAGAUUUAUCGAUGAUAAAAGAGUGUUUUCCUGGGAGGACACGUCAGCAGAUAAAAUCAAAGUACAAAAAAGAAGAGAAACAACAGCCUUUAAGGCUUAAUCAUGCCCUAACCACUCGUUUUAAAGGUAAUUCUCAUUUUGAGGUAGUAAUCCAACGGCUAAAAGAAGCUCAAGGGGAAGAUUCCGAAAAUGAUGACCCCAUGAACCUGACAGGAGAGGAUGACGUGGCUGCUGACAUUAAUGAGGCUGAGGAAACAACAAAAAGUGUGGAGCCAGAAAAGAAAGAUGAAGAAAUGGAAGGUGAUGUUGGGAGUCCUACAAAGUCUCAUGACAGUGAAGAUGAAAUGUAUCGAUGGAGUCAAUAUAAAUCUGAAAUAUGACAAAUUUAAAACCAAAAAAGAAGUUCAAAAAAUAAAAACUAUACCACCCAUUCAUUUCCUAAUUCUUAACUAAUACAUAUAUGGUCUUCUGUUUACUCUUUUUUUUUUUUAACAAGUAUUAGGAUUAUGGGUUAUUGUAACAUGGCCUAAAUUCUUUAUAGCAAGUGAUACUAUACAUUCGUGGGAAUGUGCUGCUUUUACUGAUGGAUAUCAAAAAUACUAGUUUUUGACU